GUGCAUCCAACGUGGGACUACGAAACGAUCUCCCAGAAAAAAAAAGAAAAAGUAACUCAAGAAAGGAAAAAACUCAUGGUGGUGGUACACGAUCAGAAGGAGGGGGGACUCUAUUUUGCUAUUAAUCGGAUCGUCGAGAUUUUGUGACCGCAGACUGCACCUGAUAAGCUGGCGCUUGAGUUCUUCUGGAGCCGACUGUGUGUAUUUCAAAGUUGGAUUUACUCGACUCCAGCGGAGAAGUGCUGGGGAGAUCUGGACGGAAUGCAGCGCUCGGCUUGAGAGACCAACGCUGGAGUUGUCGGCACUAUUCUCGCGGGUCCUAACUUAUUUGCUACAUCUUCAACUUUGUAGUGGACAUUUUCUAACACCGGCAGAAGUCACAGUGUAACCGGUUUGCUAAGUGUCCAACAGUUCUGCUGCUGCUCCGUUGAUCAACAGUUAUUUUGAGAGCUUUCCCGGGCGCACUGUGUCCUUUAACAUUUAGCUGUUGCAUGUGUUUCAAACAUGUCUCCAGAAGCAGUAAUCUCAUCGAGAAAGUAGUUUUUAGGCUUUUGUGAACACAGUGGUUCAACUUAAGUGUGAGUUCAGGGCGACACACAAGUUCGCUGUACGCUACUUUUGCUGGUUAAUCUUUGAAUCACCUUUUGAUUUUUUCCAAGCCCGCGUCAGACACCAGAGGAGAAAGUUGGACUGGGAACCACAUGACUUGUUACUGGGAUGGGAAACGUUUUACUGCACAGCAGUUGUUUCUGCUUGCCCCUGUAGUAUAAUAAGACAAUUAAUGUGCUCUAAAAGGCACCCAGUAUCUCCGCCGUGACAUUAAUAUUCCAGUUUGUGGGUACGAGGAGAGCUCAGCGGCCGCGCUAUUAAAACUGGAUACAAAAUGGCGGCGUCCCUGGGACGAUUUGGAUAUGUUUCUCGUUGUGUUUUUUAUUUAAUUUUGUCGGUCGAACUGUUUAUCAGUUAUGGAUUGAGUUCAGACCUGCCGUGUGCCCAGAACUGUACCUGCACCGAGGACUCAGUGGACUGUAGUAACCUGGAGCUGACCGCUACGCCUCUGGACCUUCCAGUCCGGACUGUUUCCUUGUAAGUAAAGCACGAAAGGGAAACUGUAGUACAAGUUGAUAUAGCAAGUCAUUAACCACACUUGGCACAGGAGCGGCUGGACCACAAUGAGCUGAGCUCCAUACCAGAUUUAGGACACGCUGCUUCCAAGAUUGUAUCUCUCUACCUACAUCAUAAUAAGAUCCGCAGUAUAGACGGCAGGCGGACCAGAGAGCUGGCUUCUGUGGAAACCCUGGACCUGAGCAAUAAUGACAUCACUGAGCUGCGAGGCCACUGCUUUCCUGCAGGACUUCAAAUCAGAGACCUGUACCUGAGCAACAACAAGAUCAACGUGUUGGAGCACGGAGCUCUGGACCAUCUGGGCACGAGUCUACAGGUCUUGAGACUGAGCCGAAACCGCAUCAGCCAGAUCCCUGUGAAAGCCUUCCAGCUUCCUAGGCUCACCCAGCUUGAGCUGAACAGGAACCGUAUUCGUCAGGUGGAGGGUCUGACCUUCCAGGGUCUGUCCAGUCUGGAGGUGCUCAAGCUGCAUAGAAACAGCAUCAGCAAACUGACUGACGGGGCCUUCUGGGACCUGGCCAAGAUGAAAGUCCUUCACCUGGACUACAACAGCCUGACGGAGGUGAACAGUGGCUCCCUGUACGGCCUGACCUCCCUACUGCAGUUAUUCCUCAGUAACAACUCUAUAGCCCACAUCAACCCUGAUGGAUGGAAGUUCUGCCAGAAGCUGAGAGAACUGAAUCUGUCGUACAACAACUUGACUCGUCUGGAUGAAGGCAGUCUGGCUGUGCUGGGGGAUCUCCACUCACUCCGUCUGGGCCACAACUCCAUCAGCCACAUCACUGAGGGAGCCUUCAGAGGCCUCAAGGCUGUACGCACCUUGGAGCUGGACCAUAAUGACAUCUCAGGCACAAUAGAGGACACCAACGGGGCCUUCUCUGGAUUGGACAGCCUCAACAAGCUGACUCUGUUUGGAAACAAGAUCAAGUCGGUGGCCAAGAAAGCCUUCUCUGGCUUGGAGACCCUGGAACACCUGAGCUUGGGAGAGAAUACUAUUCGUUCAAUCCAGCCUGACUCCUUCAGCAAAAUGAAGAACCUCAAAACCCUUAUAAUUCAGAGCGACAGCUUCCUGUGUGACUGCCAGCUCCACUGGCUUCCCGACUGGUUGGUGACACGCGGUCUGCAGGCCGGUGUCAAUGCCACCUGUGCCCACCCGGAGAGCCUUAAAGGCACCAGCAUCUUCCAGGCUCCCUCCACCAGCUUUGUGUGUGACGACCUUCCAAAGCCCCAAAUCACCGUGCAGCCAGAGACUUCAGUGACUGUCCUUGGCAGCGACGUGCGUCUCACCUGUACGGCGGCGAGCAGCAGCUCCUCCCCCAUGACUUUUGCGUGGCGUAAGGACCAGGAGCUGCUUCGUCACGCAGAGACGGAGAACUAUGCCCACGUGCGCGCUCACCACCAAGGCGCAACAUCUGACUUGCCGGGCGCAACUGGGGGCGUGAUGGAGUACACCACCAUCCUGCACCUGCGGCAUGUCACCUUCGCCCACGAGGGCCGUUACCAGUGCAUCAUCACCAACCACUUCGGCUCCACCUACUCCAACAAGGCCCGCCUCAUUGUCAACGUUCUCCCAUCUUUCAUGAAGACUCCCAGGGACAGCACCAUCAGGACGGGCCACACGGCGAGGCUGGAGUGCGCCGCCGAGGGCCACCCGGUGCCGCAGAUCGCCUGGCAGAAGGACGGUGGCACAGAUUUCCCCGCCGCCCGGGAGCGCCGAAUGCACGUCAUGCCCGACGAUGACGUGUUCUUCAUCAUGGACGUCAAGCCGGAGGACAUGGGCGUGUACAGCUGCACCGCCAAAAACACGGCCGGCACUGUCUCGGCCAACGCAACCCUGACCGUGCUGGAAACGCCCCACCUGGCCCAGGACCUGGAAGACCGCAGCGUGGUGGUCGGGGACACGGUGGCCCUGCAGUGCAAGGCCCUGGGCAGCCCGCCGCCCCGCAUCACCUGGCUGCGCAACGACCAGCCGCUGCGCCCCUCCGACAGACACCAUUUCACCCCGGGGAACCGGCUGCUGGUCAUCGGCGCCGCCGCGCUGGAGGACGCCGGCCGCUACACCUGCAUCAUGUCCAACACCCUGGGCACGGAGCGCGCUCAUAGCCAGCUGGUGGUGACUCGCCGCCGCGGCCCCUGCAUGCCACCGUCGGGGCCGAGCACGGUCACUAUUGGGAUCAUAGUCAUCGCCGUGGUGACGAGCAUUGUGGUGACGUCGCUGGUGUGGGUGUGCAUCAUCUACCAGACCAGGAAGAAGAGCGAGGAGUGCAGUGUCACCAACACAGAUGAGACGAUCGUUCCUCCAGACGUACCCAGUUACCUCUCCUCCCAGGGCACGCUGUCCGAGCGGCAGGAUGUGUGUAUCCGCGUGGAGGCCGGCGGUGGACCUCAGCCCAAUGGACACAUCGUGGACACCACAGGUUUCGACGGCGCAGUCGUGUGUACAGAUUGCAUGGAGAACGGCAGCAGCUACUCCAAAGACUCAGACUACCUGACACACGGCUUUGGCCACGCAGGAGGCUUAGAGUACCAGCAAUACUCUGUUCCCCCACUACACUCUCACUGUCAUCCAGAGGAGCUGCACGACACAGGGCCGCACUCAACCCCGCUUUGCAACGGGACACCCAACGGGAUCCGGAAGGACAUUCAAGGAUCCACGUUUCCAAAAAACCACAACACGUUACAGCUGAACCAGCAUGAUAGAAAAGUGAGCAGAGCGGGAACAGACGCCGGCGUGCUCCCCAUCACAGGAGGACUCCUUCCACAAGCCGGUGAAACUGGCCGGCGUGACGAGCCACGGCCGUGUCGACAGUGACUGUGAGCCUGAGCUCAGGCAGACUCUGCUGUCUAACGGACACACCCUCAGAGACUCUCAGAAUGAGAGCGCCCCCCUAAGGAGAGCCAGCGACUAGCAGGUGCUCCAUUCAGCCCAAAAAGCGGACUCGCAGUAGCCGAGUGGACUUUUAACUUUUUUAUUGCACUGGGAAAUAAACUGCUACCUCAUAUCGAGGGCGAUGGAUCCUGAGCCUCCUGGAUCUGGACUGAUAGGGAGCACCAGGAGGAGGAAAGGCACGGGGGCAUCCGGAGUUUGAAGGCGGAGCUUGUGUGGGUGGCGUCCCAUCUGAGCGUUAUCAGCUGUACAUAGUUUAAAAACCUUCCUCUGGGAGGUGACCAAUUAAAAAUUCUAGCUCCAAAAGAUGUGACUUGCAUUUGAAGCAUGUAAAUGUAGGGAAUCUUGUACAGUGUAUGUAUGUGCAGGGGAAAAAGAGAAAUAUACAUUUGGACAUUUGGACAUUUGACUGUACAUAAGAGUUUUCUUAUAUUAUAUAUUAUAUAACUUUUACAAAAGAGUAUUUGAAUUUAUGUGCAUGACAAAGAAAGGAGUGAUGGUAUUUUUAUUUUUAUUAAAAAAAACAGCCUUUUUCAGCUUUGACCAACAUUCAGCUGCGGUGCCUUAAUGCAUGAUCAAAGACAACUCUUCUUGUAAUAGCAUAUAUCAAGAGACUUCUUUGUGAGAGAUGGUGGUACACUCUUUAUAGCAAACAAAACAAACACUUGAUUGCACUUGAAUGUUUUUUGCUGCCAACCAUGGCCUUAAAGAAACACAGUUCACAUGCAUUGUUAUUGUAUGAAGGAAGAGCUUUGAUGUAAAUUAUUUUGGUACUUCAGAUGGUUCAAGCUGGGAUAUUUGUGGGCGGUCAGUUCAAGCACUUUUUGUAUUCACGUCAUAAGCAAGCAGAUUGUGAACAUGAUAUCUGCCAAUAAGAAUGCAGGAACCUCUUCUUUGUGAGGAGACAUUCCACUGAUUUUGACACGGUGAAGUCGACGGUACAUGAUGUACCAUGCUCUUCCACCUGUUUCACAAUACUACAAGUUACUGCGAAGCUGCUCUGAGGUGGAAAAUAUUCUUAUCUGACUCUGAUUAGUUUCUUUAUUUGUCCAAGAAAGUGACUUUUGGCACAAGUUCACAACCAAAUGUGGUCAAAUUUAGGCUAACAGCUGUUUCAUAAGCUGUGAAAAGCCAGUAAUGAUCUCUCCGUACGGACACGGGACACCUGCCAUGUGUUCUUGAUCACAUUCAUGAGGAAAAUCUAAAGCUAUGUGACAUUUAAUUGUCUGAAUGCUUAGUUAUACAAUUCUCAUUGCUGUGACUUUAAAGCCGCUUCUCAUAUGAACUCCGCACAUUAUCCGGAGUUUCCCUUUCACACAUGCAGCACACCGCAGGAGGUUGUCUGUCCGGUGCGUUCUCGCAUACUGGAAAUACUUUCAUCUCUUAAUUAGGCAAAGGGUGGCGCUUGGGUGUAGUGUGCAAGAGGCACGCCAUGACCCAGAUUACACCGCAGUCGUGUAGCUGGUUAGUAAUCAGGACAUAAACAACCGAGUCUCUUGUCGUUCUAUGAUUUUGCCGGCGGCCCGAGAAGUUCCCGGAUCUCUUCGUCUCUCCAGUUAGUCGGACAUUACACAGACAGUACUAGGGAGCUGGCAGGGUAAAGUCCGUCCCAAUGAUUCGGGCAUUUGCAUUCUCACAAACGGCUCUACUGGGUAAUGUCUAGAUAACUUCAGGGUUGCAGGGCAUGUGUGAAAGGGGCUUUAGAAAGCUGGAGAAUCAGGGAGAAUGUUUUAUUGUGUUACUGCUGUAAUGUGCCUCAACAUCCACCGUUGUGCAUUCACAGGCAAACGGCCAGUAUUCUGCCUGUGUCACAUCCCCACAGUGUAACUAUAACUUUCUUCAUCAUCGCUACAGUGAAUAAUGUUUGAGGCAUCUAAAAGUUCAUGCUGUGAAGGGUCGGGAAGCUUCUGAAAUGUGCUCGAACCAAACUUUGGAGGAUUAAUGCAGUCAGGUGUGUCAACAAUCCCUGCAUACACUGGGUCUGAAUUCACUCAAAAGUAGUUGCAUUGUCUAAUGUAUGCAGUGUUCCCUUCUCUGAACUGUGUUCCGUUACCAGUGGCCUUAUCAAGGUAAACUGGAGGACACACUCCUCUGGUUACACCUGAUAGCACCCAUCACAGGUGAUUUUGUUUUACCAGCGAGACCAAUCUGAGAUCCCUGUUUGGAAAGCCAAUCCCGGUGUAGCAGGUGAAAGGGACAAGAGGGAGAGAGGUGCAGUUCAUGUUGAGUAAUUUAUUGAAAACUGUCCGAAAAACCGUUGUACCAAUGUCGAAGCAGAAACAGUGAAGUGUCUAACAUGGCAUUGAAGUGUCUAAUAAAAUCACAUUUUGCUAUUAUGA